AUGGCCACGCUGAGUGUCCUCAUGUUCAAUCCGGAGGGCCGCCCGAUGGAGUUCGAUGCGUGGCUCGACGACCUACAACUGCUCUUACUGAGCGAUUCCAAGGACGGAGUCUCACUGUUUGACCUCACGUCUUGCGCCUCUUUCGCCCCUGCCACAACAGCUGACAAUACGACUCGCUCACUGUGGCUUACUUGUGAUGCUGCUGCUUGCUUAGCCGUUCUCGCCUCUGCUGCAGCUGUUGACUACCUUCGUGUUGAGGAGGUAGGAGCUGCGCUUGCCCCUAGUGGGAGGCGCCGUAGCGGCAGGGGCAGGGGAGGCAGGGGCGAUAGGGGCGGUAGAGGUGCAGGCGGUGGGGGCGGUGGAGGCGGUGGAGGGGGCGGCGGUGGCGGAGGGAGUGGUGGUGGGGGUGGAGGUGUAUGUGGCGGCAGUGAUGGCGGCAGUGGCGGUAGUGGCGGCGGCAGUGGUGGCGGCAGCGGGAGUGGAGGCGGUGGCAGUGGUGGCGGCCGGGGUGGUACGAGUCAGAGGGGAGGCCUGGGCGGUGGUCAGAGGCAUCAGCAGGGUCACCUUUCGCCCCAAGAGCUACGUGAGUGGUUUGCUCAGAGUGGGGCGGCUGGGGGUAGUGGUCUCUGA